GGGGAGUGCGACUGCUCUUGGCUUUUGAACCCAGGUUGUUACAGUAGUAUUGAGAGGUCAUAUACACUCACCUUGUCGCUUUAUUACUGUGCAUCGCCACUGGAAGGAAAGAAUGGGUUCAGUACCGGAACGGGAAGAUAUUCACAUAGCAAUCGUGGGGGGAGGGAUUGGGGGGCUUGCCCUAGCCAUUGGUUUGCAACAAUAUAGCCAUAUCCAAGUCAAGAUCUACGAGUCUGCUGCAAAGUUUUCUGAGAUUGGCGCUGGUGUUUUCUUUGGCGCCAAUUCUAUCCGCGCUAUGAGCCUGAUACAUCCGGCUAUAGGAGAAGCGUAUGCGAAGAUUUCGACAAGCGUUGGCUGGAAGUCGAAAGAAGACACAUACUUUGACUUUAUACUCGCACAUGACCUUCACGGCUUGCCCGCUGGCACUCCUAUCAUAUCUCCCAAACUCAAUGCGUCUGAAAGACAUAGCACCGCCCAUCGUGCACAUUUUGUCGAAGAGCUCAUCAAACUUAUCCCUGACGAUAUCGCCGAGUUUGGCAAGAGACUGACCGACAUCUCCCGUGAUGAGGGCAAAGGGAAAACAAUUUUGAAGUUCGCCGAUGGCAGCACUUCGGAAGCAGACGCAGUUAUUGGAUGUGACGGCAUUCGAUCCGUGUGUCGAGAAUUUAUAUUAGGAAAAGAUAGCCCUCUGUCACAGCCGACCUUUACUGGGAAGCACGCAUAUCGGGGAUUGAUACCCAUGGAGAAGGCUAUUGCUGCGAUUGGGGAGGAGAAGGCCCAGAAUCGAUUUAUGUUCCUCGGCAAAGGCGGCCAUGUUCUUACUUUCCCCGUGGCAAAUGGUAAAGUAAUGAACGUUGUCGCUUUCAGCACCACCAAGAAUGGCAUAUGGGAAGGAGAUUGGAUUAAACGAAUGGAACGAGAAGCUAUAGCAGCGGAUUUUCCGGAAUUUGGACAAGAAUGUCAGAAGAUAUUCUCGCUAAUGGAGAAUACCGACAAUUGGGGUAUAUUUGACCUCUCUCCCGAAAUCCCGACUUACUUCUCAAGAAAGCUCCGUCUUCUGCUCUUAGGUGAUAGCGCACAUGCUUGUGCCCCUCACCAGGGUGCUGGCGCUGGUCAGGCACUGGAAGAUGCAUAUAUUCUCUCCCACGUCCUGAGCAUUUGUAACUCCUCCUCCGAUCUCCACGCUGCAUUUAGUGGGUAUGAAAGUGUACGCAUGCCACGGGCUAAAUUUGUCCAAAUCCACGGACGUCGACAAGGCGAACUUUUAGAUCUGCAGAGACCUGAUGUUGGAGAUGAUUUGGAAAAGUUGAAAACAGUUAUAGAUGUACCAAUCAGAGAAAUUUGGAACUGCGAUUUGGUUGCCGAAUUAGACAAAGCAUUGGUAAUGAUGCGAAAAGAAUUAAACGAGGCGAAAGAGAUCACUCCGGCUGGAACUGUGAGCGGUUGAGGGGC